AAAUUGAUCAAAACUGCAGUUUGUAAAGUUGUGUGAUCCAUGUGGGCUCGUGAAGGAUAUGGUUUUUGCUUUUCGUCUUGGGUUCAGAGAACUGUAAGAGGUGUGCAGCUGCCAUAACUGUGCUGAACUGCCGACACUGAGGAUGUCCUGUGUGUCCUGUUUUACCAGAAGAAGAGUUCUACAACAGUUCCGAUGGACAGGGUCCCAUUGCUUCACAAACUACAUGGCAGUAUCUACCAUAGAGACCAUAGCACGCACAAACGUUCAACUGAUGAAAGGACAGACCACUCAAAAACAUUUACACAAAGGAGGAUCACUUGAUUUGGUGCUGUACAGAAAAAGCUCAUCACAAAAAUGUCAUACAGGAUACAAACUGCAUCCAACUGGAUGCUAUCCAAGCUUACAGACUUUUAAAAUAUCUUCCCCAUUUUUGUCUUGCCUGAGACUUUUCUCAAAUACAACAUCCGUAUUGGCACGACGCCCAACAGCAGCCAAGAAGAGAGGUUUCUCUCUAAACCCCAUAGACGACCUCCAGCCCUUGGUUCAGAUCCCACUCUUGCCCCAGAUAGAGAGAGUUGUGGACCCAACGGAAGAGGAAGUGCAAAGAGCUGCCCAGUUGUUUAGACCUGCAGGGCCGAAACAUAAGAUAGAGUUUGUGCUGUCUGCUCCCAGUCCAGAUCAUGCACCAGAACACAACAGACCAGAGAUUGCUGUUAUGGGUCGCAGUAACGUUGGAAAGUCCACCCUUCUGCAGUGUUUGUUCAGAGAGGUUCCAGACCUGGAAGUCAGGACAUCAAAAAACCCGGGCCACACUAAGAUGGCCAACUUCUUCAGGGUGGGCCGUGCCAUGACCUUAGUGGACAUGCCUGGGUAUGGGCACAGACAACCCGCUGACUUUGUCCGCAUUGUGGAGGAUUACCUGCUACAGAGGAAGAAUUUGAGAAUGGCAGUCUUCCUGGUAGAUGGCGCUGCUGGAAUUGCAUCAUGGGAUACUGUUGCUAUAGAGAUGAUUGAAGAAUUUAAGCGGCCUUAUGUGCUGGUGAUGACAAAGAUAGACAAAGUGUCGCCCCACAUCCUCCUCAGGAAUGUCUUAUCUGUCAGACAGGUGAUCAAGGAGAGGACAAAGACAUGCCUCCCUCAGGUGUUCUUGGUCAGUGGUGUGACUGGAGAUGGGGUUCCACUGCUGCAGUACUUCUUUGCACAAGUCACAGACUCCCUCAAGUGAAACAACAGAUGCUUUAUAAAAAAAAUGGCAGUGGGCCAAGAUGGGACUAGCUGGUUGGGUGACUAAAAUAAUUAGUCACCUUGGUGUUUGAAUUAGACUAAAACGCUAGGAGGGAAGCGUUGCAAUAGGGUCAGGUAAAGACAGGAGUGCUAGGGCCUAGGAAAAAAAUGUUGUGUUUCCUGUUUCCCGACUGACCCUA